GACAGGACUUUUUAUAGCGAUACGCUAUAAACGACAUCGUUUAUCGGGCUACGAGUCUCUCAAAUAUCCCCAUGAUGAUGCAAGACUAUUGAGAAAUUUCUGCGUUCAAAAUUAUGGGUAUGCGGCAGACGACAUUACUUUGAUGCUUGAUGAUGGGGAUAAAAGUCAUCGUCAUCUAUGGCCAACACACAAGAAUAUGUUGGCGCAAACCAAACUAUUUGUCAAAGGUGCAAAAGCUGGUGAUCACUUCUUUUUUUAUUCUCUGGACAUGCCCGCCAAAGGACAAAUUAUAACCAUACCGAGGAAGAUGGUAAAGAUGAAGUGAUUAUAGGAUGUAACGGCGGAGAAAUAAUCGACAAUGAACUCAAGGAGUGUCUUGUCAAAAAUCUACCGAAGGGUAGCCAGCUGUUUGCGCUAUGGGAUUCGUGUCAUUCUGAGACCAUAUUGGGCGAGUCAUUUCCUAGCCCACAACACCGCGGCUCUUACCAUCUACGUAGAUCUGGAACACUGUCGCUGCAAUGCCGGUUAUCCCCCCGCAUCCAGCCCUACGCGUCGUAGCACGGGCUCGUCGUUCACUACUUGGACGCCAUUCCUUGAUCCCGACUUCAAUAUCAAUAUCCAAAGGUGUUUAUCGCCAGAGUCGUGGUUUCCCUGCGCAGGCAAUUGCAAGAUGCCAGCUCAGAGGGAAAAUGCACACGUACGUGUAAAGACAAUCAAGGGGCGUAUGAUGACUGUGUCAAGGGUCAAACCAUGACUCGGAUAUUCUUAGAUAUUCUUGAGGAAGAUCUUCACCCAUCUUUGAUGGAUUUGAUAACACGUCUCAGGGAGCGCAUAGGCGAUUUAUGCCGUCGUCGCCUCAAAGAGUCGCCCAUGGAAGUGAAACCCAAGAAACGUCGGAAUGCAGUCAUCUACGACCCCAAGGACAUCGACUCCGACGCCUUAUCGAGUCAAAUAACACUUUCAAUGGUGAAUAAAGGGGAAAAGCAGACAGAUUCGAAAGAUGCGAGCAUGUAUCAAGAGCCUCAAUACUCAAGUCAUUACAGAUUGAACCUUGAUGAAGCAUUUGAUCCUUAAAGCAUUGUACCCGGCGCCCAGUGCAUUUGUUCUCUACAUCCACAUAAUACCAUUGCCAUGACAUUAUACCCGUAACAAAUAUGUGCUCGAGUACAUUUAUGACAUAAUGUAUAUACCCUACUAUGACAGUAUUCAGGCUGGCAACUCAGUAACCUUUACCCAGACUUUCCAUUCUUUUCCUGUUACUCUACGCACAGACCUUGCUGGUGUCGUUCAAUGUUCAAUGAAUGCGUGGUUAGCUU